CGUCAAUGCCUGCGUAGACGUGGUCCUGUCUGGCGUGAAGUUGUUGGAGGCGCUCGGUCUUGAACCCGGGGAUGGAAAAAACCAUGCGGUCCUGAACUCCGGACAGGACCUGAAAGAAGCAUUUGCUCACUUCAUGGAGAAAGGGGCAGCUGCCGAGCGUUUCUUCAGCGAUGCCGAGUCUUUCCAUCACAUUGCGCAGACGGCCUCCGAGUACCCCGGAGCACAGCUGUAUGUAGGAGGAAAUGCUGCUCUCAUUGGUCAGAAGCUUGCAGCAAAUCCAGACCUGAAGAUCCUCCUUUGUGGCCCAGUUGGCCCUAAACUCCAUGAACUACUUGAUGACAAUGUGGUCGUGCCACCUGAAUCCAUGCAGGAAAUAGAUGAAUUCCAUCUUAUCUUGGAGUAUCAAGCAGGUGAAGAGUGGGGCCAAGUGAGAGCACCCAGUGCCAACCGCUUCAUCUUCUCCCAUGACCUCUCAAACGGCGCCCUAAAUAUGCUGGAAGUGUUUGUGUCCAGCUUGGAUGAGUUUCAGCCGGAUCUCGUGGUACUUUCAGGACUUCACAUGAUGGAAGGCCAGAGCAAGGAGGUGCGACAGAGACGACUCAUGGAGGCUGUGGCCUCCAUCUCUGAUAUCCCCACUGACAUUCCCAUACACCUGGAGUUGGCCAGUAUGACUGAUCAGGAUUUUAUGAGCAACAUUAUGCAUCAGGUCUUUCCCCUGGUGAACUCCAUAGGGCUGAACGAACAGGAGCUGCUGUUCCUCACGCAGUCUGCCUCCGGUCCCCAUGCCUCCCUCGCUUCCUGGAGUGGAGUUCCUGACGUGGGGGUAGUCAGCGACAUCCUCUUCUGGAUUCUGAAGGAGCACGGGAAGACAGCAGACCGGGCCUCUGACCUCACUCGGAUCCACUUCCACACCCUGGCCUAUCACAUCCUUGUCACAGUGGACGGGUACUGGGGCAACCAGGUUGCUGCUGUGGCUGCCGGAGCGAGAGCAGCAGGGACUCAGGCCUGUGCGACCGAAACCAUCGACACCAGCAAAGUCUUCCUUAAAGCUCCUCUGGAGUUUGUGACCUCCCAGGCAGAGGCACCUUCCAAAAUCUCUUUAAAUCCAGAUGAGCCAGUGGUGCAUUGGCAGAGAGAAGGCAUCUCAUUCCAUUUCACUCCCGUUCUGGUGUGUAAAGAUCCUGUCCGGACCGUGGGACUGGGGGAUGCCAUUUCAGCCGAAGGACUGCUCUACUCAGAAGCGUAUCCUCAAUAGAAGCCCAAGACCCUCCUUGUUCUCCAGUACUGUAGGGUGUCUGAGGAACCACGGUGUUCUCACUAGGACUUCAGCCAGUGGUGAAAGGGAAUAGGAACAGAAUUGGGGUGUGGUGUGUUUUCUGGAUAUAACUGAACAAAAGAGCCAAAGAAUAAUUCCAGGUAUAAACUGUCAGAUACAUUCCAGUCACUUGGCGGUGACUCGAAUGCUUCACACUUAGGUGCAGAUGUUUUAGUAUUUAAUGUGAAAAUUGGCUUUGCUUUGUCUUAAGCAUGUGGGGAGGGAAACGAAUAUCAAAUCCCCGUUUGGCUUAGGUUGGCUGUAACUCAGAAUGGGUCUUGACGGUUAGUGCUGGAAGGUACUGCAGCCGGGAGAAUUCCCUGCGAUCCCCUGGAGCCCA